AUGGUUAACGUGCUUAGAGCACGCUUGAAGGAAAUGGUUGAUGGAAAUAUUGAUAAAUCUAACACUCAAUUAUUGCUGUUCAAUAAAACAGAGAAUGAUAUUGUUAGUGAUGACUGGUUACCAAUGCGGUGGUCAGACGAAAGAAUUACGAUAGAGCAUGUUCUAAGUAGUCCAUCUCAAGAAUGGAGUGGACGAACAGGACGAAUAAACGGUGAAAUGUUGCCAGAACCUCAACAUUCGUCACGGGUAUUGAUAUGUGGGCCAGAUGGAUUUAAUGCCACUGCACACGAGCUGUUAAUAGACGCCGGGUACAAGAACGAGCAUAUUCAUAUUUUUCAAGGCUAG